AUGAGUCUCGCAUCACGAUUUGAAACCUAUCGUCCAAGCAAUGAAUUCGCAGAGCCGCUAGCAAUUGCAAAACCUUCAAUGCAUUAUGGAAAAUAUUUAUUGCCUCUUUUUGCGAAUCCUUUCGUUUCGGUGAGGACAAAUGCUUUCCAAUCUGCGAUCAAUUUGAUCAGAGAGGACGAAACGGCAGCCGAUCAAAUAAUUGGUGCCUACUUGUCGGUUUUGUUGUGCCAGGAUCGCCUCAUCGCUCGCCACGCUCUCUCCUUUUUGCCCCAAAUUGCCGAAGUUUGUCCAGAACACUCGGAUAUGUUGAUCCGAGCCGCCGUUGGAGCUGGGACAAAUAAAUACGGCAAAGAUUUGAACACAAUUCUGCCGGAAGCCAUGAAAAAAGUUGAGGAGAGACGAAAACAGAAUAUGACUAUG